GAUAAAAUUAGCUAUCUUUAUAAAAUCAGUCAACGAUAUAUUAUGAACAAUAAUUGAUUUUUUCAACUAACCAGUCAGAGUUUUUCAACUGUACAUGAUACUAUACCUCGUUACUUUGUACGUGUUUUAAAAAUGGAAUCUAGAUUUUACGAGCAUUUGAACAAAGUUAUCGAAACCAAAAAAACUAACAGUACUUUUAUUAGUAAAUCUAAAUAUUAUGAAAUAAUUAAUGAUUUAAAACAACUGAAGCUAGAGAAGAAAACAAAUUCAAAAUUAAUGAAAAAAUAUGACGUAAUGACAGUACAAGGAGAAGAAAAAUUAAUUAUGCCAAUAACUGCAGAAGGUAAUUGUGUAAAAUUAUAUGCUUUUAAUGAAGAGUUAUUUGAAAUUGUACAUGAAAUACAUUUAUCUAUUGGGCACGGUGGUAGAAAUCGUAUGGAAUACGAAAUAAAUAAAAAAUUUAAAAAUAUAACUAGGGAAACAAUAAUGUCAUAUUUAAAUUUUUGUGAGUCAUGUGAGAGAAAAGGAAAUACAGUAAAAAAAGGAUUGGUGGUUAAACCAAUUGUUUCCUCGGAAAUGAAUUCUAGAUGUCAAGUAGACCUUAUUGAUAUGCAAGCGCAACCAGACGGAGAUUAUACAUUUAUAUGUGUUUACCAAGACCAUUUGACAAAAUUUGUCAUACUUAGACCUUUAAAGCAUAAAAGUGCCGAAGCAAUUGCUAAUGUUUUAUUGGAUAUAUUUACUCUUUUUGGGGCACCUGCUAUAUUACAAAGUGACAACGGACGUGAAUUUGUAAACAAAAUAAUAUCUGAACUUUGUACUAUGUGGAAGGAUUUAAAAAUAGUUCACGGUAAGCCAAGACACUCUCAAAGCCAAGGUUCAGUUGAAAGAGCAAACCAAGAUGUCGAAAAUAUGCUUGCAACUUGGCUUCAAGAUAACAAAACAAAAAAAUGGAGCAAUGGCUUAAGAUUCGUACAAUUAAUGAAAAAUCGUGCUUACCACCAUGGUACAAAACAUUCACCAUAUGAAGCGAUGUUUGGUACACCCCCUAAAAUCGGUUUAACGUCUUCAUUACUUUCUGCAAACAUUAUUGCAAAAUUAAAAACCGAAGAAGAACUUCAAGUUGCCUUAGAGUCAAUACAGAUCCUUUCUAACGACAACGAAAGUAAUGAAGUAGAAAAAGAAGACAAUGAAGAUAAAGUAAUUGAAAAACAAACAAAAACAAGACAAACAUCAAUUAAUCAAAACAGGAAAGAAUCAUUGAAUAAUCUGAAAAUUCAAGCCAAAAAAAUGAUGGAAAUGUCCGAAAAACGAUUUUGCCAAGGAAAUAUUGGGGAAUCAGUUAGAAUUAAAAUUCCUGAUGUAGAUAGAGCACGGAGUGAUCUCAGAUGUGUUCUUGGUGUGAUUAUGUCAAUGAAAGAUAAUUUCUACGAAAUCGGGACGACUGAAGGAAAACUGCAACAACUGUACAGCAGAAACCAAUUUACGAUUUGUAAAGAAAAAUUUGUACAAAUCGAAGAUGUGCCGGCCAAUUUAAUAUCGUUGCGAGAAGCAGCCCGCUCCUUUUCUAAUUUAGGAGGACAAGGAUAUAAUCGAUGUACUUGUACACAGGGUUGCAAAACAAAUAAAUGUAAAUGUAAAAAAGCAGACAGGUUAUGUAAUUCCAAGUGUCAUGCUUCUAAAUCUUGUGUAAAUAAAUAGCUAAUAUUAAAAUUAUAGUUUAUAUUAGAAAUAAAAUGAUAAUAUUUGUUAAUUUUUUUUGAUAUUC